AUGUCGGACUUAGUGCAACGAGGAAACUGCCGUGCUCUGCUAGAAAGCCUCGACGUCGUCUUUCAAAGCCUUUUUUUUCAGGUGCUGGACUGUGAACAGGUAGUAGUGGAUGGACACCGGAUAUCGCAACGAGAUGAGUACUGUCUGAGCGUGACGGACGGCGAGGACUCGCUCCUUGUUGUUCUUUCGGAGAAGAUGAACAAGCACGUCGAUCGAGGAACCUUGGUGGCGGGUUUUUUUGCGUGUUCAGAAGGUUAAACGCAUGACUGUGGGAAGGAGACGGUGUAUUAUCAUAAGGAAGUGCCAGCCUGUGGGUGUGCCGAGUCCGCUGCCGGCACGCACAUGCCCUCUCGACACGAAUAUCGAUGCAAUAUUGCGGGAGGAACCCGAAGAGCCGCAAGCAUUACUUGACCGUCGACCUCUUGAGCCUCUCAUCAACGGUACGUACCUGGGUGGGGAUCAGGAAUCUAUGCAUGGGAUCUUGGGCCUUGACGUUGGGGCGCACUCCGUCGACACUAUCGUGGACGGGACCACAGCUACGGGACCGAACGCAGCUGCCAACAUCGACACACUGGCUUGCCACACCGAAACGUUGCGAAUUGAACAAGCUGGUCAACCCGACACUCUUCCAACGCUGCUAUCAGGUCAAUCUCAAUCUGUCUCGGACGAGAACGCAUCGGGCGUCGCCCCCAUGGCGACGACGUCCUCCGGGUCGAGAAUGGUCAAGAUCGAGCCCACCCCAGCGACGCCGAAGCCAACAGUGAAAGGGAGUGCAGUGAGGAAGAAAAACACAGUCAAGGGUACUGUGGAAGCGGUGCUUAAGACGAUCAUCGGGGAGAAGAAGAAGAUCAAAUCUGAAUUGGGUUCUGGGAAGACGUCAUCUGAUUCGAAACCUCCAGUGGUGGCGGGAAGGGGGUCGACGUCGAAGGAAAGCAAGAGUGGAACGUCCGCUUCGGCCAAGAGCCAAGGUUUGACGGCCAAGCCAGGCAAGAAGGCCACAGGGCGAUUGGUGGCAUCCAGCUUCGAUUCCGAAUAUCCCGAGGAGUUCAAGUUGUCUGAGCUCGGGACGAAGAUGUCUUGUGGAUGGGAAGCUUUCGUGCGCAUAUACGAAAUCCAUGGCCCAAGACCGUGGAAAAAUGGCGGAGGGUUAACCUUGACGCUGUUGGUCAAGGACAAAGAAGACGGCCAUGAAGGUCUUGACGUUCGAGGAGGAGGUAAUUGAUGGAUUGUUGAAGAAUGCAGCUGUGGGAGUGGUGAUGCGCUUGGAGAGUGUUCGUUUGCAAGAAACGCAAGCGAAAUAUCUACGGAACGGGCUUCUUCCUAUCGAGGCGGUCGUCGACCACAACUCUAGGAUUGAAUUCCCUCUCCAGGACCACGGCAUCCCUUCUCUGAGUCUUGAGCUGACAAAGAUCAGCCUGCUUAGGGCAAUGAAGGUGGGUACCGAGGUCAACGUUAUAGGAGUGGUGCUGCAUGUCGGCGAAGUGGAGGCGAUGUCUGAAAAGAAGAGGGUUGCCGGGAAGAGUGGGGAUGGAGAGAGCGAGAGCGAGGAGGAAGACCCCAAAGGGGAGAGGGUGAGACGGGAAGUCCAGCUAGUGGACGACUCUGCCCACGUCGUGCGCGUUGCACUAUGGAAAGGCCGUGCUACGUCCAUGGCCGUGAAGCGCGAUUCAAUCUUGUUGCUCAAGAAGGUGGUCAUUGCCGCGCAUGGUGGUAUCAGCCUGAACGUGUACGAGAAGACAAAGGUGGACAAGGAUCCGAAGGUGGCAGAGGGCACGAGCUUGAAGAACUGCUGCAAUAAUCUCGCAUCGAAUCCCCAAACGUUCCGACAUAUCUCCUCCGGUUAUAGCGCGGGAAGUGGCCUGUUCACCGACAUCGAGCCCCGCUCGAACGUUCUGACCAUCCCUGAGGUUCAAAAGUCCAAUCUUGGAACCGGCUCCCGCGUCGACACCUUCAAUGUCGAGGGCCGCAUUCAAGUGGUGGAUCGGAAUGCUGUCUACGAGGCCUGCAGGAAUACUCGUUGUAACAAGAGUAUUGAGAAGAGCCCUCGCGAUAUUGAAGGGCAUGAAGAUACGUCUGAUGAUAAUCGAAGAUUCUGCUACCAUCUCAAAUUAACGAUUGGACAAGACCGCAGGCGCACCAUAGAUGUCUCCGUUUUCACGCCGCUGGCUGACAAAAUGCUUGAGGAGGACGCGACGGAAGUAGUCAAGAAAAGGGAUCACAUGCCGGGCCAGUAUGAUGAAGUUCUUGGGGCCCUCUUAAAGACAAAAUGGAGAUUCACUAUCCAGGCACGCACUCAGUUGUGGAAGAAUAAAUGGUCCGGCGAAUGGUCGAGGAAGCUGACUUACGUCGUGACCGGGGAGGAGCAGCUCGGAGAAGAGGAAGGGGAAGACGAAGAUGAGGAAUCGAGGGAGGACGUCGAAGGGGAGAAUGGAGAGGAUGAGGUCCCCGAGGUGUUUGAGGAAGAGGGGGAUUCUGAUUGACGAAGACGUGAGUGGAAGGGGUGGGAUGAGUGGGAGUAUCAGUGAAGAGUGAGGAGUUGCGAUGCCUGUCUGUCAUCUUGAUCAAUGUCCCUAUAUGCGCCAUAACUGUUGUAUCGUAGGGGGAGGAAUCGCCGGUGCUGUGGCCAAAUAAGCAAUCGCG